UUUCAUAGCAUGGGUUCAUGUUUAUUAUUUUGUUCUUAUCACGAAUUUGUGCAUUUUGGAGAAUUCAUUAUUUUCCAGAUAGCCGAGUUUUCGGUGCCUUUAACGUGCGCUGUUAACUAGGCUUAAAGUGAGAGUGCAUACAUCCGGGCCGAGGAUCGUGUAAAUCUGACCCAUCUUUCAACAGCGAUAGCGGUUUGGUGGUCUUGAGGAGACAUCAAAAACUGCAACGAGCUGGUUGAGCUUGGACCAACAACAACGCUGUGUUGGAUGCCCGGGCUUACCAAAUCGUGGGAGUGAUCAGUGCAUAGGUCUGUGUUUAGUGGUUUGACACAAUGAGUCAUUCUGGGAUAGAGCUGAAGCCUGUGGGCCAGGGGGCAGGCGGAAAGAACAUUGUGGUUCCUGGGGGUGAGACCAUCAUUGGCAGAGGACCAUUCCUUCAGGUGGCUGAUAAAAGAGUUUCCAGAAAGCAUGGCUUGCUUGAAGUCAAAGAUGGAAAAGUUUUCUUGACACCAACUCACAUGAACCCAUGUUUUUUCCGCAACUCGGGUUCUUCUGAUCAGGUGACAUUACAAAAAGAUGUGCCUCACUGCCUGGAGAACGGAGAUCACUUUGGGCUGCUCCCAGAUUCACUUGUUCUUUUGAAGUGGUCAUCGUGGGACCAGCCAAGCAAAUGGAAAUUGAGGAGACAAAAACCCAAGGAGGAAUCAAACACGAAAGAUGUAAAAGCCGAUGAAAAGGAUAAGCCACCUGCCAAAUCUGCAGCAGUACCUGAGGAGAAGUCCUCUACAUUGGACCAACCUAAACAGCCUAAGCAAUCCAAGCCCUCUAACUCUAAGGCACCAGAAGCUUCCAAGCCAGACGUAGCUCGAUCCACUCCAAGCCCUGAGAAAAAGCGAACUCUUCCCAACUGGAUGGUUGAAGCAGCAAAUUCAGCCCCUGUUGAAGGAACCCCCAAAAAGAAAAAGACAGCUGCUAAACCAGCCGCACCACCUAAACCCAAAGUGUCUGAAGAAGAAGAAGUGUCCGAAGAAGAAGUGCCAGUCAAGCAGAAAGGUCAGAGCAAGGUCAAAUCCAAGGUCGUUCUCAGCGCCUCAGAGGAGGAGUCAGAUGAGCCCAGGAAAAACGGCAAAAGCAAGGGUAAAUCAAAACGAGGCAAGAGUCCAUCUGAGGAAUCUGAGGAAGAGUCAGAGGAGGAGUAUAAACCUAAAGCUCGGAGUCGCCCCACGCGCCGACAAAGAAGUCCGUCAUCGGAGCAGGAGAGCUCAGAGGAGGAGUUCAAACCCCGUGCGAAGCGGAGAGGUCAGUCCAAGAGGAAUCGUUCACCCUCAGAGGAUGAUUCCGAUGAGGAGUACAGUCCACAGGCCAAAACGAAGAAGAAGGCCAAGCCACGUGCUCCACCCAAGAGGAGACAGCCAGCACGGAGGAAGAAGUAUGAGAGUGAAGAUGAUUCGGAGGAAGAAGAUCUUACUCCUGCCAAGAGACCUUCACGGUUAGCCAAGACCAAGAGAGCCAGCUAUGUGGAUGACUUUGUGGUGGAUGAGUUCAGUGACGAGAGUGAGGAGGCUCCAGCCCAGAAGCAGAAGGAUGAUGAGGAUAGUGACUUUGUUGCCGAGGAAGAUGACUCCGGCAGUGAUUGGGCUGCUGAUCAGAAGGGCUCCCAGAAAGCAUCUACAAAGCGUGGUCGCGGUCGCCCACAGCCGUCACGCCGCACCUCCAGGAAGACGUCACGCCGGAAGCAGUCCGACUCUGAGGAGGAGGAGGAGGAGGAGUCUGAAGAGGAGUACACACCCCGCCCUAGCAAGAGGAGGCAGCCCGCCAAGAUGGAUUCCACCAAAAGGACCAAGCACAGAAAACCAUGCCCAUUCGGCAAGAAAUGUUACAGAAAAAACCCAGCUCACUUCCAGGAUGUGGCUCACCCUGGGGACGACAGCUAUGAUGAAGGCUCAGAGGAGGAAGAGGAGUCCGGCUCAGGGUCAGAGGUCGACACCCAACCAGAGUGUGAAUUCGGAACAGGAUGCUACAGAAAAAAUCCAGAACAUUUAAAGAAGUUCAAGCACACAAAGCGACCCAAGAAGAAUAACGGGAAAAAAGGUGAAGAUAAGAAGAGCGUUCUGGUUGGGGACAGUGAUGAUGACGGAGAGCUGAACACAUACGACCGUAACGACAGCUUCAUCAGUAAGACAUUACCGUCGGGAAGCGAGGGAUCCUCACCGGAGGUUGCUGGUGAUGAGGAUGCGUCUGAGGACUCCGAAGAUGUCAGAGAUCUGGUGAAAGAAGCCAAGGGCUUUUUAAAAAACAAAAAGCUGGGGAAACCGCUGACAAGCAAAUAGACAUUGGAGGUAACAAUGGUGUGGCAGCUUGCCACUUGUGCCCUUUUCCUGUCAUGUUUCACGCCAGCAGGAAGACUGAACAUCAGCAUCAUAUGUCUGUAUUGUAACAUCAUUGUGAAUCAGCCUGCUCCUGGUGGUCAUCAUGUGACACUGACUCAUCUUCCAUUGGUCAGUUGUUGUUCAUCAUCUGCUCUAAGUUCAUCAUCUCAUCCUCAGUCAGUCAGUGGCUUCAUUGACAAUUCAUCAUCUUUAGCCCUCGGCACUGCAGGCACAUAUCACACAGCUUCAAGGUCAAACAGGAAAGACCACAGAGAAGAUCGAUGAUCAAGUGCUUGGGUUUUUUUUUUUGAACAAUUUAACCAUACUUUCUCCUCUUCCAGACUGGCUGUAAAUCUUGAACAUGUCAGCUUACAAUGUCUCCAUCACCAAACUUUGUAAAUCUACUUUUGUGUCAUUUUUCUUAAAUGUUGUCUGGAUCUGAUUGCCAUCAUGUUACAGAAUCAAUGAGAAAAUUAAAGUGGACUGUUUUAUGCAUUUUUUGUAUGACCAUAAACAAAGCGUAACAGAGUUAGCAAGCAGGUUUGUUCAGUCUAGGAUCAGAGUCCAGAGUGUUUACUGGUAAAUAGUUUACCCAUGAUUUAUGAUACAGGAACAGGUAGCUGGCCUUACAGAAUUUGCAGCUGGUAUAGACCAGUGCAUUUUGCUGGAUAAUAGAUUAUUUCUUACUGAUACUUUCCAUUUGUUCUUGUCAUGUAUAACAACACUCUCACUUAGACUUCUUGGGAUAAAAUUAUAUUCAGAAUUACAAACAUUGCACUGACCAUAAAGUAUUAACUAUUUUACAUGCAGAUUCUGUCAUUGUAUGGAGUGGUUGUCACUGUGCUAAAUCUUGUUUCAGUGAAUUAUGUCUGAUAUACAAUCCAAAUGGACCUGCUGUUCGCUGCCUUCUUCCGCAGAAACAGUUGAAAUUUCUAGUUACAGAAAAGUUGUAUAUGCUUUAAUAUGUAGUAAUGUGUGUAGUUACCAGAUAAUGGUGCAAAAUCACAUUUAAUACUGAGGGCUUAUCUUUGAAAAUUGCAACUGAUUUUAAAUGUUAUCUUGUUGAUAUUUCAGUUUCAACCUUCCCUAGAGGUUAUGGUAUGUGUUGUGAAAUAUAUUGAUUCUUGUUGAUGUGACAUGUAUAAAGGGAGAUAACUGAGGUUCAAGUGUAGAUCUCUGCUGGAAAGAUAGCUUUCACUUGUGCAUUUUUGUGAUUUGCUGCAACAAGCUGCUGUAUGUCAGUCUGCUUGUUUGUCAGUUGAUUGGUCAAAUUUUUGACAUUGUAUGUUUCUUUUAGCAGUAUGUCAUAGCUUUUACAAAAUUGCACUUCUUACAUUGUCAUAUUUACUCUUUUAGUAUCUUAAGAACUAGAAAUGUGGCUAAUUCUCCUCUAUUUAUGUAUCAUGUUAUGGUUUCCACAGGAAGGGAUUUGAUUAGCUGACAUACUUGUGUGUUAAUGCUGUAUUUUGCAGUUAUGGCAGUGUGCAUUCAAGUGCACAGGGCCAUUUUACUUAACUGAUGUAUCCUUGCAUGUCAUUACCAAUAGGGAGAUCUGUUUAUUAUACCAGAUAGAUUACCUUAUUUGUGUUUUGCCCCCAUAACUAACUGUGCAGCCUUUCAUCAUGCAAUGCGAUGUGGAGCAUUAGUCUAUGGCCUUAUCUACAUCUAUGGCAAAAGAUACGUGUUCUUCUUACAAACUGAACUUUGAAAGAAUCUUUUUUUGACAAUUUAUAAAUCCUGCCUGUUAAAGCCAUAACAAAUCUUGUUGGUGGUAUAAAUUGUUAAAAUAUCACCAUUAUUGUAUGCAGUUUUUGUGAAAUUUUCUUUUAUGUCAUAUUCUCUGUUUAUAUUGAAAACUGAAAUUUUAGCUUUUAGCUUGUGUAUCAUUUCUUGAAGCUUUUAGCUAGCCUUUUGGCAUCUUUGUUGUUCAUUUCAUUCACUUCCCUGUUUUGUAAAAUUUUAAUGCAUGUGGCAUUUUGGUAACAUGUCUGCUUUUCAAAUGACGAUGUACAAUGCUGUGCUAAGCAAAGCACUGAAAGAUGCACUUUUUCCCAUCAUAAAUUUGUAUUUUUAAUUGUGUUCCACUCUUUGGGUUCUGUUUUGUAGCAUUUAAAGUUUCAGGUUGCAGUUAAUGAAUGUAUACAACUUUUUGUUAGCUUCAAAUAUUGUGAUUAUGAAAAAGGCAACAUGAUGGCACAAAUCUUCUCUGAAUGACAUGUGGGGUUGAAGAAGUUUGCAAUAUGUUUCCUCAUUUGAUAUUCAGCAGUUGUUAAAAUUUAGAGCAUUGCAAGAGAAUGCAAUAAUAAAGUUGAUUGUGUUUACUUUUCAUUUAAAUUUUCCAAUGUUGAUAGAUAUAAAUCUAUAUAUAUAUAUCAGUUGUAUUGUAUUCGCAUAGGUUAGUGACGUGCCAUCCAUCAAUCAUUUAAUUCACCUUACAAUUAAUGUGGUAGUUGCAUCAUUGCUAUGUUUAUUAUUUCCAGUCAUUAUUUUACCAUUGAGUCCAUGAGAAAGAAUGAUCAGAGCAGGGUGUUUGUAAAAGUAUGUUUUGGUUCAUCCGCAUGAAAAUUGGAGUUUUUAUUUUGAAUAACUCUACGUAAAACAAGGUAUACUAUAUUAAAAGACUUGAGAAUGAUUCAGAGCUAUGAUCUUCAAUCAUUUGUCAAGUUUUUUCGUUACCUUGGAAUCUGUGUUUUUGUGAGGGUGUAUAACCAGAUCCAUGUUAACAAGGCUUGCUGCAUGCUAUUGUGCAGUUUUGUCCCAUGGUGAGUUCAAUGUCAUAUGUAUGAGAAGGU